GAGGUUAGCAAUACGGAGACCUUCAACCUUUCCAGAAGUUCAGAUUUUAAUGAGUGGAUUUUUUAUGAGGGUCUGAUAGAUCUUGGCUACAUGGGAUCAAGAUUUACAUGGAUGAGAGGACUCAACUCGGAAUCCUUUAAAGGUGCAAGAUUAGACAGGGCAUUAAGCAACAUUCAGUGGAGAAUGAGAUUUCCAAAUGCUAUGAUUCAUCAUCUGCCUAUUGUGGGCUCUGAUCACUCUCCUCUACUUCUUAAUACUGCGGGUAACCUGGAGAUCAACAAGCCAAGCCACUUCAGAUACAACUUGGCAUGGUCAACUCACCCCUCUUUUCUCUCUGUAAUAAAAGAUAAUUGGAACUGUGCGACAGAUCUAGACUAUAACAAAAGAAGGAUGACGGAGGUAUUGCCCAGAUGGAACAAGGAGAUAUUCGGGAAUGUGUUCCAAAGGAAAAGAAGACUGCUUUCAAGGAUUGAGGGGACCCAACGAGGAAUCUCGCUGAACGCAAGGUCCGAUCUAAUUAGAUUAGACAGAAAGCUGCGUAAUGAACUGGAUAAUACACUAUACCAAGAGGAGCUGAUUUGGUUUCAGCGCUCUAGAGAAGAAUGGAAGAAACUUGUGAGGUUAAGCCCGAAAAACUCUUUCUAGAAAGCUGAUAAAACGUUUCGAAUAAAGCUUUGGCUCAAUAACAGAAAUGG